AUGAGGAACACUGGCUACAAACACGAAAUGAUCACCAAAAAUGACAUAAGCGAUGUGUUGAAGGCGAAACGCCAAGCACCAGAGCGCGAAGAAAAUAGCGAAUUCUAUUUUUCCGCCUCUCAGCUUAAAAAUAUUAGACGAGGCAAAUAUGGAAUUGUUUUCAAAAGGAAGUUUUUAACUAGUUCCAAAUUUACGAAAGAAAAGAAAAAUUUAAACGCAGAUUUCGUUACAAAAAUAGGAAGCCUAAAUUUUGGGGAAAUUUUUUUUUUUUUUUUUAUUAAACUUAAAAACGAUGAAAAAAAAUUGGGAGAUGCACAGAUAAAGCAUAUCUUCCUAUCUGCCCAGGAAAAAAUUGCCUACGUGGGUGUACGCCUUUUAUGGGAGAAUCCAUCACAGGAAUUGUAA